AGGGUGACCCGGGAAACUUUGUAUCCUUGGCAUGAUUGCCUCUCUGUUUGCAAGCAACGCGUCCUUCUUUCUGCUUCGUUUCCAACAAGCAACAACCGAGACUAACAAUCACCAACACGAUAGCAACACUCGCGUCAUCAACUCAAAGAGACACAAAUCGAUAAACACAGACAUCACAGUUACAUCUUUCUCUGGAGGUGUACCUGAAAAUCAACUCGGAGCUGAAAUAGGAACCAACAGCAUCUUGCUUUGAAGCCUCUACGCGUCGCUCGUACAUUCUUGGGAACUUCAUAGCGACAACACGAUUGGCUAUAAACCUACAUUUGAUCAAUAUAUUCAACUCACUUGACUGGGACGCUCGAAAGAAAAAAGGUCGUCA